CCUCAUCUUCUUCAAAUCUGGCAUACACGAUUCACAUUUGUGGGUGACUUUUCCCCUGCCACUUCUUUGCGCUUGUGGUCUCUCGUUAUGUUGUCUGGGGUAGACAACUGAAAAACCGCCCUGCCGUUCUUUACCAAAAACAUCUCAUCUUUUAAUACUUGAUCCACGACGGGGUCAAGAUGAGGUUCACAAAGUCCUCGUCGUUGGUGGCGCUGGGGUUAGCAGGGCGUUCACUUGCCGAAGGCUGGAACGACUGGGCUUCUGCUUCCGCGAGUCCAUCUCCCGCAACGAUCGUCUCUGCUCCGCGGAUGGAGGUUGCUGCUACUGCUACAGAGACAACCACGGUCACAACUACUACGACAGUCUUCAAAGAGACUACAACAGUAUAUCGUUCCACCAUCUUCGUUGGGCCCGGUUUCUGUGCGACCACCACAGUUACCGUCGACGGUAGUGGGAGACCUUUCCCUCCCAUCCCUACCGCUACGAAUAAACCCUCUACAACGGCAGCGUCAUCUGUUGUCGAUCCCGAGAGCGCCGUAACCUCUACACCAGUGGCCUCGUCUCUCGUCAGCCCGGAAAGCACCAUCGGUACUGACGGCGCUGUCUUUACAUGGACUGGGAAUGUUGCUACCUCGACGUCUACCGUACCCGCACCAACGUACACCGACUGGCCCAGCGACGGCUCCUGGCCAGAGCCAGGCUCACCCUCAUCCAAUGUGUCUGCACCCAAUGGUCCCAUCACGGGUGCCGCCGCCUGCAACACGGCAGCUGACCGAAGCGAAUGGUGCAAUGGUCUGAGCAUCAGGGACGACUACUCCACCAAGAACUACGCGACAGACAACACGUGCUCCUAUGACUUGGUAAUCACCAACACUACCAUAGAUUUUGAUGGCAGUGGUCCUAAAAUGGCAUUCGCUAUCAAUGGACAAGUUCCUGGUCCGUUGAUCGAAUGCAACUGGGGUGACCUUCUUGUGAUUACUGUCCACAACAAACUGACAGACAACUCUACGUCCAUUCAUUGGCACGGUAUCUGGCAACGAGGAACUAACGAUCAAGACGGUGUUCCUGGCAUCACCGAGUGCGGCCUGGCACCAGGCUCGUCCCGUACCUACACCAUGCGUUUAAGCCAGUAUGGCACCGGCUGGUAUCAUGCUCACACGAUGGCGCAAUAUGGGGAAGGAAUCCGAGGACCGAUGGUCAUCCACGGUCCUGCAACUGCCAACUACGACAUCGACAUGGGCACUGUUAUGGUCGACGACACCUUUACCGGCACGGCAGGACAGCAGAACGAGUUGAUCUCCCACUUUGGACCUACCGGCACGGUCAACUACCUGCUUAACGGCAAGAACACCAAACCUGACCUCUCCGCCGGCCAACACGCCCUCUGGAAGGUUCAACCGGGCAAGAAGCACCUCUUCCGCCUGAUCAACUCGGCCUCGCAGAACAUGUUCUCCGUGCACUUCGAUAACCACAAAAUGCUCGUCAUAGCAACCGACUAUGUCCCCAUCGUUCCUUACGAAACGGAAUGGCUUAACAUCGGAAUCGGCCAGCGUUACGAUGUCAUUGUCGAGAUGAACCAGCCGACGGCAGGCUACUUCCUACGUGCAGUCACCCAAACCGGCUGCCCGAGCGGUUGCAACAACACCGGCCUCGGCGCCGCCAACGGUGUCUUCCUCUACGACGGUGCCCAGCCCACGCUACCAACCUCUACCUUUGGCAACAAAACGGGCGAGGACUUUGCCAUCUGUGCCGAUGAACCCAUCACCUCGCUAGUCCCCUUUGUCAAGAAAUCAGCGGGGUCGGCCAGCGCUUUCGCGGCGACUGCCUCGACCCUGCCGGCUGGUAACGUCGCACGAGUUGCCACCAGCGACAGCGGCACCGUCUUCCGCUGGUUCCUGAAUAACAACGCCAUCGGUGUCAACUACACGCAGCCCACGCUCCAGACCCUUCACCAAUAUGGCAUUGGCAGCAACUCCAGCACCAGCAGCAUCGGCAACUCCAGCGUCAACGGCAACAGCACCACCCCGACGAACAGCAGUUCCAGUUUGAUCUCCAACGCCAUCACCCUUCCCUCCGCCAACCAAUGGGUCUACUUCGUCAUCCAGAACCAAUUCUUCGCCUCGCACCCCAUGCACCUUCACGGCCAUGACUUUUCACUCCUCGGUCAAGGCACGACAAACUGGACACCGGACAAAGUGUCGACAUUGAACUUCGACAACCCGCCCCGUCGCGACACCGCCAUGCUAGUCGGCUCUGCUGCGCCCGGCAGCCCGGCAGGCUACACGGUCAUUGGCUUCGAGACCGACAACCCCGGCGCGUGGCUCAUGCACUGCCAUAUUGUAUGGCACGUCGACGGCGGCUUGGCUCUGCAAUGGCUCGAGCGGCCUGACGACAUCGCCGACUACGCCAGCAAGGACGACUUCAAGAGCGAGUGUGACAGUCUGCGGACGUGGCAGCGCGCAAAUCCCCUAGGUAUCCCGCCCUCGGGCCAGUCCGGCUUGAAGAGGCGUUCGUCGUACCUCGACGAACAAGUGGAGGCUCGGACGAACAUGAACACGAACGAUGUGGUCCGCCGGACCGAGUCAUCCAGGCAGUUCUUCGAACCGAAUCGGAGGCGAGGCCUUGGUGACGGGUUCAAGCACCGACACAUUCGUUGGUGAGAAUGAGAUUUCGUGUGCAUACUGGUAUUUUUAGCAAGCAGCAUUAUGGCAGUGUUGGUCUCUAUGAGCAUAUAGCUUUGUUUAUGGAUAGCCUAUGGGUAUGUAUAUUAUAAAAUGAAUAUGCGUCAAAUCUAA